AUGGUAAAAGAAACCGAUAAUCCAGAUGAAAUUUCGAGUCUGACUGCCCCAGGCGAUCCUGCAUACGAAAUGUAUCGUCAAGCGACGCUCGGGGAUGUCGAUUUCAUCACGGGCGAUUACCUCGCAGAGGUCAACAUGGCCAAUAAUGCGCAGGCUUAUCAGAAAGGAGAGCAUCCAGGAUACGAGGAAACCGCCUGGGAAGGGAUCAAGCAAACUAUUGAGGUGAUAUCCGCCAAGAAGAUCAAGGUUAUAAUCAACGGAGGAGCCCUCAAUCCAAGAGGCCUAGCUUUCAAAGUGGAGGAAUUAGUACGAGCAAAGGGCUUCAAUCUGAAGGUAGCCUUUCUCUCUGGCGAUGACCUACACUCGAAAUUUGGCCCCAACAUGCCGACGUCGAAAGAUGAACUCCAGCACCUCGAUGGAAACAAUCAGUCCUUAAACACCGGGCCGCUCACAUACGCCUUUCUUAAUAGUUCCGAUCCCGUUCCUAUGAUCUCAGCACACGCAUAUCUUGGGGCACGAGGGAUCGUUGAUGGGCUAAGACGCGGUGCGGACAUCAUAAUAUGUGGUCGUGUCGCUGAUGCCAGUCCAGUCAUCGCAGCUGCCUGGUACUGGCACUCAUGGAGUGAAACAGACUACGGCCGCCUUGCUGGUGCAUUGGUCGCUGGUCAUUUGAUUGAAUGCUCUGCUUAUGUCACUGGUGGUAAUUUCUCUGGAUUUGAUCGAUAUCCCAUCGAGAGAUUUGUACUGCCCGGGUUUCCGCUUGCGGAGAUAGAUUCAGAUGGAUCGUGUAUAAUCACAAAGCAUUGCAACACUGACGGGAUGGUCGACGUCGAUACAGUUCGAAGCCAGUUCUUGUACGAGCUUCAGGGUAACGUCUAUCUCAACAGCGAUGUCAGCGCCAUAUUGGACGAUAUUGUGAUCGAACAGGCAGGUCUUGAUAGGGUUCGUGUCUCCGGAAUAAGAGGCUAUGCUCCUCCCCCAACAACAAAACUGGCUAUCUUUUAUUCGGGGGGCUUUGAGGCACAGCUGCUUCUUAAUGCCACGGGGUAUGGAACAACAGCGAAAUGGGACUUGGUUGAGAAACAAAUUCAUCACUUUAUACCAGAGGAAACAAUGCAAAAGAUUGAAACCCUUGAGUUCCAACGUAUUGGUGUUCCAGCUACCAACCCUGCCUCGCAGCGUAGCAGCACCACAUACUUGCGGGUCUUUGUUGCUGCAGUCUCAGCUCAAUCAGUUCUGUCAGUGGUGAUGGCUAUGAAGGAAAUUUCACUCAAACACUUCUCCGAUCAACGCUGUGCUAUGCCACGUCCGUUCCUAGCUUAUUAUCCGGCGAUAGUUAGCCAGAACCUCAUUGAUGAACGGAUCAACUUUAUCGAGGGGCCAGAAAACGUCGUCUCAUACUCAACCGGCCACCCGCCAAAAUAUGAACCACUUGCUCCCCGGGACAGCUAUGAUCACAAUCCGUCACCGGAAGAGAUAGUUCUAUCGAAGACUCCCAGGCAGCGAAUCCGCCUGGGCGACAUUGCACAAGGCAGAUCUGGAGAUAAAGGUGCGAAUCUCAAUUUCGGCCUCUUUGUCACAAAUUCACAACACUGGCCUUGGCUACGGUCAUAUAUGAGCCGUGAACGUAUGAGAGAGAUGAUUGCUGCCGAUGACGACUGGGAUGACUCAUUCUUGAUUGAGCGAGUAGAGUUUCCGAAGAUUCACGCUGUACAUUUUGUGAUCUAUGGUAUCCUGGGCAGAGGUGUUAGUAGCUCUAGUCGGCUGGAUGGUUUCGGAAAAGGGUUUGCCGAUUAUAUGCGCGACAAGGUCGUUGAGGUGCCAGCGGAAUUACUUGCUUUGAAAUCAUAUCUAUGA